GGAGAUCUGAUUCCUAUCAGUUAUGAAAUCGAAAACGUUUCGAUAGAAAAGAUGAUAACUGCCUGUGCUGGUGUUGAGAUUGACCAACCGGAUUUUCUAUCCAAAAAUUGCUGCGAACGGUGCGUGGAAGGAUUGUACAUUGCGUUCUGUAUAAUUAUGCAAUGCCGAGAUUCUGAUAAAAAAUUACGUCAAAUUGUAACCGCAAAGCAAAAUGUUGAAGAAAACACUGAUGAAUUCAGAGACGCAGAUGAUUUAGAAGGUUUUGAUAGUGCCAGCAACGAUACAGAAGGCGAAACUCCAGAAGAACCGUGCGAAGAAAGGCAAACUAACAAUCUGCAAACUUCUGUAGUGUCGACAACAUGUUGCGCCUGCAGAACAGAUUUUGAGACUGUUGAUGCAUUGACGGAACACAUAAAGCUAGUUCAUGAACCAGAGAAAACGGAUGACGAUCCCAAGAAACCGUUUCAAUGUAAUAUGUGCUUUAAAAGAUACUUUAACAAGUCGUCGCUGAAUCGUCAUAAACGGAUGGCGACGUCGGCAGAGGGGGUUCGAUUGCCUGAGCAGAUAAAUCCGGUAGAACACCGUUGUUGUGGAUGUCGGCAGGAUUUCGAGAGUUUGGACCAGUUGAAGAAGCACUCAUUGGUGGAACAUGCAGCCAGUAGAGUGGUUAGCGACGAAACUAAACCAUUCGAAUGUGAAAUAUGUUUCAAGCGUUACUCCAAUAAAACAUCCUUGGGCAAGCAUUUUCGUGACAGAUUUCUCGACCGGCAAACCCGAACCAUUCGAAAGCUUAGUUCAAAUCAAUGUUGCGGCUGUCGUCAAAAAUUUAAUUCGAAGGACCAACUGCUGCGACAUUCGAAACAGGUUCAUGAGCCAGAUCGAUUGACGACUGGGCUCAAAUCAUUCGAAUGUGGAAUUUGUUUCAGCAGUUACUCUAGUAAGGAGGCAUUUGACAGACAUAAAUACGGUAACACGAUAAACCAGAUGUACCGAUGCCAGCAAUGUAACAAAACAUUUGUUAAACAAAUCAUGCUUCGUUUCCACGAACGAAAAUAUCACAGCGGUGUGAAGCAGGAUGUAAUUGGACCAUACCAGUGUACGCGUUGCGGGAAAACAUUCAUGCAGCGAAGCUCUUUAAAGAACCACGAAAAAGAUCACGAACGAAGCGAACGAUUUGAGUGUUCCAUAUGCCAGAAACAUUUCAGCAGUAAAGGCAAUCUGCAAACACACAUGAAACUGCACAGUAUCCCGUCGGAACAACGGGCUAGGUUCGAGUGCCCGAUUUGCCGAGUGCGCUUCAAGACUCCUAACUACUUGGAGGUACACGCAAGGGUACAUACUGGAGAGAAACCAUACACAUGCAAGUACUGUUCCAAGCAGUUUGCCCACGCUUCAGGCCACAAGCAACAUUUGCGCACACACAGUGGCAUCAAGCCGUAUGCGUGUCGCUUUUGCUGUCAAGAAUUUACGAAACGGAGUAACAUGCUGAAACACGAGAAACAACAUGAAGCGAAUUACCAAAAGCGGUAACCUGUAAAAAAAAUUGUAGGUGUAAACUCUUCAAAACCGAAAGCGAAAUAUAUAGUUGACUUGUCAUGUAUCACAAGUUGAAUCAUGUUUAUUAUCAGUACCUUCUGUGGAAUCACAAAUGCUAUUAACAAAUGUACAUAAUAUAUUGCCAUUUUAAAAGUAAAUGAUUACCUCUUUAGUGUACGUUUCACUAUUUACACUUUCUAUAUCUUAAUUAUUAGGUAUGAUGAAAAGAAACAUCAAU